ACAGAACGUCAGUACACAUUUUUCCGACGUCGAGUCGAAACGUUCCUUUAGAUUUUCCUCGUUUAAUAAACCGGCUUCACCAUGUCUUCCGAAGGCUUCUCGUCAGAGGAACUGGACGCGAUGCCGGACCGAAUAUCAGAUACUUUCAAGGGGCUGACUCUACUCGUAACUGGUGGUACGGGAUUCAUGGGGAAGGUGCUGGUGGAGAAACUUUUAAGAAAAUGUCCGGAUAUUGGAAAAAUAAUGCUGCUAGUUCGUCCGAAGAAAGGGAAAUUACCGAAACAGCGCUUGGAAGAAAUGCUUAAUGAUGCGCUCUUCGAGAAACUCCGAAAGAUGCGUGGCAGUAUUGAACCACUGUUGGAAAAAUUACAAAUCAUCAGUGGCGACGCGUCGGCCCCAGACUUGGCGAUCAGUCACGAUGACAGGGAAUUGAUAAUAGAUAAUGUGAACAUCGUCAUUCAUGCUGCAGCCACCAUCAGAUUCGAUGAGGAAUUGAAAAAGGCAGUGCUACUCAACGUACGAGGCACGAAGCUGGUGCUCAAACUAGCCAAGCAGUGUAAACAUCUUCAACUCUUCGUUCACAUUUCAACGGCCUACUGCCACUUGCACGAGAAACUUCUAGAAGAGAGACCGUAUCCCCCACCAGCUGAUCCUCACAAGAUCAUCGAAGCCGUAGAGUGGAUGGAUGAAGAAACAAUUGCUACCAUUACACCUAAGUUGCUAAGCAAGCUGCCUAAUUCCUAUGCAUUCACGAAAGCUUUGGGCGAAGCUCUCGCUGUCGAAGCGAUGGAACACAUACCUGUUAUAAUCCUGAGACCUUCCAUUGUGAUACCCAUAUGGCAAGAACCGGUGCCUGGUUGGACUGACAACAUCAACGGACCGACGGGUCUGCUGAUAGGUGCCGGAAAGGGUGUUAUCAGAUCCAUGUAUUGUAAAGGAAAUAGUUACGCUGAUUAUUUGCCGGUUGACGUUUUCAUAAACGGUAUCAUGAUUUGCACUUGGAACUAUAUCAAAAAUGGUAAUACGAAAUGGAACGUAGUCAACUUCACAUCAUCAGCCGAGAUAAAAGUGACGUGGAUUGAAAUGAUCGACGCUGGUCGUGACAUCAUCAUGAACAGAGUGCCACUCAACGGUGUGGUAUGGUAUCCUGGAGGAUCAAUGAAACAUUCCAGGCUUUACCAUAACAUAUGCGCCCUGUUCUUCCACUGGAUUCCAGCUCUCCUUAUCGACACGCUUCUGUUCUGUCUCGGUUAUAAGCCUGUAUUGAUGCGCGUCCACCGCCGUAUAAGCAAGGGCUUUGACGUUUUCGAAUAUUACACGAACAACCAAUGGGACUUCAAAUCGGACAUCGCACAGGCUGUCCGGAAAAUUCUCAAUCCGAGGGAACGGAGGGAUUACAAAAUUGAUGCUAUCGGUUUAGAUAUUUCCAAGUAUUUCGAAGAUUGCAUCAGGGCUGCGAGAAUAUUUAUUCUUAAGGAAUACGACGAUACUCUUCCAGCUGCGCGACGUCACAUGAAUGUGAUGUGGUUCGUUGACCUGAUUACGAGGUUCAUAUUCUGGGGUUUGAUUCUCUACUGGUUCAGCGGUUGGAUGUCAACGGUCUACACAUUUCUCGUCGGCACCAACGACAUUACCACAAAAAUCAUUGAGUGAUAACGCUACUUGAAUAUAGUUGACUUGUUAGCUUUAUUAGAUAUUAUAAACUUUAAUGAUAUUAUUUCUUAAUUAUAAUGUAUAAUAUAAGAAUAUACAGUAUUAUUAUUGUCAUUAUAAACGAAUCAGUUAAAAUUGUUUAUCAAUAUGAACGCGGUUCGUAUUUACAUAGA